AUGCAGACUGAUUUAUCACCGCGUUGGAUGGAAUACAUCCAUGAUGAGGGUGUGGUGAAUCUACACAGUGUGGAGGGAAGCCAAAGUGCGAUGGAAGUGCGAACGCAACAUACCAGUGAUGAAUACUACGUGGACUGGGGUGCGGACGUGCCGGUGGUGCAUCAUGGCGCGCCAUUGGGUCAUAGCAGCGCGACGCUCGGAGGCACUGCCGACUUCUGGCGCCCCGUGGCAUCCGAGUUCUGGCACCAGGCUGUGUGCAUGCGACCAGCGCUGCGUGUUCACGUGCGUCUCCGCUUCCUCUACCCCCGUGCAUCAUCUGAUCUCUGCGUCCUCGCUCUUCCCGCUCUCCCUGCGCCUCUUGUCUCCAUCGUCUGUAUCUUCGGAUCUGGCGACCAGACUGCAACAUAUAGGCUCUUUGAACGCUCUAUCCCUUCUAUCACUCAGUAUGCUGGUACCCUCACCGACAUUGUCAUUCUUACUGAGUUGGACCUUGGAGCAGUGGAAGCUGAGGAGAGGGAGAAAGAGCAGAUAGCUCGUUUAAAUGGAAGGCGUCUCUGCUUCAGCUAUCAAAGCCGCCAAAAAGGUCCUCAAAUCACCACGACGCAGGACAUUUUACCGCAGCCGCUAGACGAUCAGUUACUACGCCUCCUCUCUGCCUGUCCAAACGUCUCCUCUCUGAGCAUUGGAGGACGGCUCCUUAAUAUUCAUCUCACCACAGCCAGCCAAAUCUGUCGACUCCUUGUAAAGGCGGCUCGCACCAAACCGAGGAGUGGCGGAAGCGCAAAGAAACCCCCGCCUCCUGUGUUGCGUGUCGACGUAGGGUCGAUACGCCUUAGCGGUCCCAUUCCACAGUCUGCAACUGAGCGUGACUCCAAUGUGUUUCUCGAGCUGAUGCGCGACUGUCGGGGCAAGGAAGUGGAGACACUUGUAGCGAAGGAGCGCGCAGCCGAAUGUCUGAUUGCUGCCGCCCUCGGCAGUCCGCGGUGGCAAUUCAUGGAGACCGAUGAGUUUCGGCGUCAUGUUUUAAACUACCCUGCUGCCUAG